CAGUACUCGCUCUGUAGCCUAUGGAAGUUGAAGAAGACCAGCCAGCUGCUGUGAUUUCAUAUCUUUGUUUAACCUCAGCGAAAAGCAACGAAAACUAUUAAUUUUAAAGAUAUGGCUUUUAAAAACCUCGUCGGCGCUAUCUUAGCGGCUGUCUUUUUAUUUCUCUGCUGUGGUGCCUUCCUCUUCGGUUUGGUGGCAGGUCAAGACGCCGAACUUGGAGAGCAACAGGCGUCCGCUCAGUAUUAUCGUCCUUAUUACAACUACAAUCGACGUCCAGCCUAUCCGGUAAGACGUCCUACGUACAAUAACUACCAUUACCAGCGUUCUCAGAGGCCAGCAGCAGCUCCUUCCAACACAAACUACCGGCCAGCACCAGCACCGACCACUGCUAUCAGUGGAUCAUGCGGCUCAUCCAACAGCUACCAGCAAUACGGAAUUUGCUGGGCCGCAGACAGCCAGCGCUUGCAAAUCAGUCCCAGUUUGACAAUUGAGAAUUUCGUCAGGUUUUUCAAGAAGAAUUUGUAUGUUGGUUUUUUCGAUUCGCCUAGCUAUCGGCAACAAAUAUGCGAACAGAGUCGACGCUUCAACAGUGUGGGGGUAAUGUGCGUCACCCCUCCCAGCAAUUUCGAAGAAGACGACGAUGAUUGUGUUUAUCGGAGAGCGGGCGGUGUAACUUCGUUUGCUUCUAAAAAAUGCAUCACUGGCGAAGUCUGUAUUUGCACAGUGGGCGACCCAUACGAAUCAAUUGACGAUAAUACUAAAGCUCCCAAUGACCCUUUUGACGCUAUUCUGUCUGGAACCUCGUCUGGAACCUCGUCUGGAACUUACGCUGGAACUGGAAACUGGCCGGCAUGGACGGCUGCGUUGAAUCAAGAUAUUCAAAACACGUUAGCAGCUAGCGGUAUCUACUGGCGACCAUAAUCUAUAAUAACUUAUUCCAUUUUUAACUCUAACCAUUAUGGUAACUCAUUUUCAACAAGAAGUUAAUACAAAUAAAUUCGCAAGUUUACUUGUGUCACA